AUGCUAUCCCGUAAAACGAGACGUUUGAAGCGAAAAGGAACUAGCUUUGGAGUUGAAAGGGAAUCUUUAGUAGAUUCUGGUAGUAGUGUGACAGCAAUGACAUUGGAAUUUUAUGAACAAUUCAAGCGAAAGGGCAUAAUCUUGGAGUUGCCUGCACAAAAGUUGAGAAUUCAGGUGGAGAAUAAACGGUUGGAAGAUUGCCAAAACAGUCAAGUUUGGAUGGAGUUCGUGAUUGAUAAUUUCGCUAUCAGAGCACCUGCAAUAAUUAUUCGGGGUUUAAAAACGCCUUUAGCUCUCGAGUUUGAUUGCCUGAGAGCAUACAAUGGAGAUACAUACAUUUUGGACGUGGGAAAUAGGUGCCUGACGCUACGUGUCAAUGAAGCAAAAACGUGUUGCUCAGGGAUCGUGGAAGAGGAUUGGCAAACCUUGAAGAUGUGUGGUAUGCAGGUGGAAGAGGGAGUUUUCUCGCUCAUUAUGGCUGAUAUCAAGUCAUUUUUUCAUCAAUGGUGUACAAAACAGAAAGUUACUCCACAGUUUGAUGUGAGACCAACUGGUAUGUGCCAUAAAGUUGCAAAAUUAUUUGUAUUUUUUGUGGUAUAUGUUUCUCACUGUGAUAUUACUGGACACUUAGGUCCCAAGCAUAGACAACGAUUUCUGUGUGAAGUGCGUGUGGAUGGUUUUGAUUACGUUGGAGCCGGUAACUCGACUAACAAGAAGGAUGCCCAAAGCAAUGCUGCUAGAGAUUUUGUUCAGUAUUUGGUGAGGCAAGCAUUAGUCAACGCUAAUGAUGUUCCAGGAGAGUCCCAUCAGGAUGGUUUGGAUUUAAAACCAUGUAUCGAUGCAUCUGAUGGAUCAGCUCAACAUGUUUCAUUGGGUCUGACGAAACCUGUUUUUCAACCUGGCAUGGGUCCUAAUGAAAUGGGUGAAGCGUAUCGCCCUUACCAAAAGGAUGGGGACAACAGGCCCUUUACCUAUAUCGAUAGGUUAGCAGAACAACAAGAAGUAGAAAAGGCUGAAGACUUGGAUGUAAAUGCUAGCAUUCAUGGUAAUUGGACAGUUGAUAAUGCUAAAUCAAAAUUGCAUCAAUUUAUGCAAGUCCAUCAUAUUCAAGCUGAUUAUAAAUAUACACCAGUUGGUCCUGAUCACACAAGGAGCUUUGUGGCUGAAAUGAGCUUUUACGUAAAACAGUUGGGAAGAACUAUUACUGGAAGAGAGACAGGUUCUAACAAGCAGUCAGCUUCAAAAAGCUGUGCUUUAUCGCUUGUACGCCAGCUAUUUCAUUUGGGAGUGAUUGAAGCUUUCAGUGGAACUUUGAAAAAAAAUAAAGAAUCAGAACAAAUGAAACCCUAUGAUGUAGCAAUUAGCCCAACGUUGCAACAGGAAAUAUCAGAUGUUUUAGACAGUCUCAAUGUUAAGCCUGUACCUAUUCCUAAUGAUCCUGCUGGACCUGUGUCACUUGUUACCACCCAUGUCUUAGAAGAAUUCAUUGCUGUUAAACCCCAACCAGCUGGUGUUGUUCCUUGGUCACCACCACAGCCAAAUUGGAAUCCUUGGACAAGCUGUAAUAUUGAUGAAGGACCACUUGCCACUGCAUCAAUGGAUUCUAUAUCUAAUGAUUUGGCCAAUAAUUUUCGUGAAAGAAUGCAAAAUGACAAAAUACUACAAAGUAUGGUUAAGGAAAGGCAAUCAUUACCAGUUUCAACCAUGAAAGGUCAGAUAAUGGAAGCCAUUAAUGACAACCCUGUAGUUAUUAUCAGAGGAAAUACUGGCUGUGGAAAAACAACACAAGUAUGCCAGUAUAUCUUGGAUGACUACAUACAGUCAGGGCAAGGUGCAUAUUGCAAUAUAGUUGUUACCCAGCCACGCCGUAUUUCAGCUGUAUCUGUUGCUGACAGAGUUGCAAAUGAACGAGGUGAACAACUGGGAUUGAGUAUUGGAUACAGUGUCCGUUUUGAAUCAUGUCUACCUCGUCCAUACGGAGGUGUCUUAUUCUGUACUGUAGGUGUGCUGCUUCGAAAAUUAGAAAACGGUUUGCGGGGAGUGUCACAUGUAAUUGUGGAUGAAAUUCAUGAAAGAGAUGUGAAUUCUGAUUUUAUCAUGGUAGUGCUUAGAGAUAUGAUUCACACCUAUCCGGAUUUGAGACUUAUUCUCAUGUCUGCAACUAUUGAUACUUCGCUAUUCAGUAAAUACUUCAAUAACUGCCCAGUUAUUGAAAUUUCUGGAAGAGCCUUUCCAGUGCAAGAAUAUUUUCUUGAAGAUUGUGUCCAACUAUUGAACUUUGUUCCUCCUACUAUUUCACGUAAAAAACAUAAAGAAAAAGAUGAUGACACAGGCACAGAGGAACCUGAAGAGAAUCUAAAUAAAGUAGUAUCUGAGGAAUACACUAUUCAAACACGAAAUGCUGUUGCUCAAUUAAGUGAAAAAGAGAUAAGUUUUGAACUCAUUCAGGGUAUUUUAACAUACGUUAAGAGCCUGGGGAUCCCGGGGGCCGUUCUAGUCUUCUUACCAGGAUGGAAUCUCAUAUUUGCAUUAAUGAGAGAAUUGCAGAGUAAUCCAAAAUUUGGUUGCGGUACGUGCCCGCCACGAUCGCCCGCAUCGGACCCCGACGCCGGCCGCAUGUACAGCAAUGGCCCAGACCCGAACGCAUUGUCAGGUCGAUUACGGCAAGGCUCGGGAUCUACCGACCACUACGGGCGUGAUAGAGUUCCCUUCCGAGAAGGAAGUUCUCCAAAACGUGGUCGUGAUUUUUGCAUCAUUCCAUUACAUUCACAGUUACCUCGAGAAGACCAACGAAGAGUGUUUGAACCAGUGCCUGAUGGUGUUACAAAGAUUAUUCUCUCUACAAACAUUGCUGAAACUUCUAUCACUAUCAAUGAUGUCGUUUAUGUUAUUGAUAGUGGCAAAAGUAAAAUGAAAUUAUUCACUUCUCACAAUAAUAUGACUAACUAUGCAACUGUAUGGGCGUCCAAAACUAAUUUAGAACAACGGAAAGGGCGAGCAGGACGUGUGCGACCAGGUUUCUGCUUUCAUUUAGUGAGCAGGGCAAGAUAUGAAAAAUUAGAUGAUCACAUGACACCUGAGAUGUUUCGAACUCCGUUACAUGAACUUGCUCUAAGUGUAAAACUUCUACGCUUGGGAGCUAUUGGCCAGUUUCUAAGUAAGGCAAUUGAACCUCCUCCUAUUGAUGCAGUCAUUGAAGCCGAAGUUUUGCUAAGAGAAAUGAAGUGCCUAGAUUCCAAUGAUGAACUUACUCCGUUGGGUCGUAUCUUGGCAAAAUUGCCGAUUGAACCACAAUUAGGUAAAAUGAUGGUUCUAGGUACAAUGUUUUUUUGUGGAGAUGCUUUGGCUACAAUGGCUGCCAAUAGCUCCACAUUUCCGGAGGUUUUCACUACAGGUAUUGAUCAUAGACGGCUGACCUAUCAGCAGCGUUCAUUUGCGGGAAAUAGAUAUUCAGAUCACAUUGCUAUGCUGAAUGCGUUUCAGUCUUGGGAAGAUGCUCGAAUGGAAGGUGAACAGGCUGAAAUGAAAUUCUGUGAUUUUAAAAUGUUAUCGUUGCCAACUUUGAGAGUUACAUGGGAAGCUAAGAAUCAACUAAAGGAACUGUUGCAGUCAAUUGGCUUUCCUGAAGAGUCAAUGUCAAUGCAGGUUUUCAAUUACCAUGGUUCUGAUCCAAAAUUAGACAUGGUAACUGCACUUCUUUGCAUGGGUCUUUAUCCUAAUGUUUGCUUUCACAAGGAGAAGAGAAAAGUGUUAACAACAGAAUCAAAAGCUGCAUUGAUUCACAAAACAUCAGUAAAUUGCAGUAACCAAGAGCAACACUUUCCAUUUCCAUUUUUUGUAUUUGGGGAAAAGAUUCGCACUCGAGCUGUUUCUUGCAAGCAGAUGACCAUGGUUACUCCAAUUCAUCUGCUUCUGUUUGGAUCUCGUAAAGUCGAAUAUGCAGACAAUGUUGUAAGGCUGGAUAAUUGGAUUAAUUUAGCAAUGGAUCCUAAAGUAGCUGCCUUGAUUGUUGCACUACGCCCUGCUUUGGAAGGGUUAGUAAUUCGAGCUUCGAAAGAGCCUGAUACCAUCACAGAGUUAUCUCCUCUAGAUGAAAAGGUUAUGAAUGUGAUAAAAGAACUCUGCAAGAUUAAUGCUGGGAGACAUGGUUUGGAGCAAGUACGAGGAGGCGGAUUUGUCUCCAAAAGGCCACCUCGUGGUCACACAUUAGAUGGACCACCAUCCAAGUUCAUGCGUGGUUAUGGUGGUAGAGGAGGAAAUUUUGGAGGUGGUUUCAGAGGAGGAUACAGUGGUGGAGGUAUGUGGAGAAAUUUGGAUAUCCUUGGCAAAUAUGUCUGCUGUGGUGCCACAGCAGAUGUGGCUCGCCAAACUGGCUGUAGUGCCACAGUUUCAGAGGAGGAGGUGAUGGUGGCAGAGGUUUUGGUUUUGGUGGAUAUAGAGGUGGAAGAGGAGGCUUUGGCUAUCGCGGUGGAUAUUAAUUUAUAGUUCUUGUGCAAGUGAUGAAAUGAAUUGAAAUGAGUUAUAGGUUUAGAUGUAUAAAUGAUCCUUUUGUUUUGUUCUUCAUUUACUGCAGAAGCAAGUAGCAUUUUUGUAGGUAAAAAAGUUUACAUUCAAUAGGGGGUUGCAGCUGGUUGGAAAUGUUGAGCAUACAAUUACAUUCCCACUUUAACUUAUGCUAUUCAUUUGAUUUUUGUGUUGCUCAUUCUUUCACCUAAUUUGAACAUCUUACCAUAAUUAAUUUCCAGAGUUUUAUUUUGAAGGUAAUUUAUUGAAAACUUCUUAAGAUGGAAAUAAUUGUAUUCUUGUUUGUUAACAAUUUUCUUUGUAUUUAAUUAUGUUGACUUGUUUCACCUGUUAUUAUUUAUGUUGUAAAGUUCUAAUUCUUUGUAUUAGUAAAUAUAAGUGCAAAUGUUUUUUGUAUUUAAAUUUUUAUUAAAAAGUCCAUCAUAAUAAGAGGAGAAAUGGAAAUUGGUAAGAGGACAAAGGCUUUGUGUCGAUUGUGAUCAUUGAUAAUGAUGAUUUGGAAAGAUUCCAUUGACAAUAUAACAAUAGAAGAUUUAUACUAAUCUUUUAAGCUUAAUACCAAAAGAGCACUAGUGUAAUGCUGAAAUAAGUAAAACUAUGGUUUUAAAAGUGUUGAUAAGAUUCUAGAAUAUGUGUCUGAAACAUUGUGUUAAGAUAUUUCAUUGCAAUUCUUUAAUAUUGUAUUCAUUCAUCAAGACAAUAGAACAAUUUUACUCAUCAUUCUCAAAUUGUUUUAUUCUCCUUUCAUACAUUCAUUUCAUUGGCCCAUGUUCGCAACAUAUUCAAAGUUACACCACUGCCCCCACUAACAAUGACAAUUGCUGGACCAUCUGUCAAAUGAACCCUUUCGUCUUUGAUAAGUGUUUGUAAUACUUUGCAGUAGACUGAAGCUAGAGCUGCUCCACAUGACGGUUCGACUACUGUGUUCUCAUUGGCUGCAAAGUGCAAGCAGCUGCUUACUGCUUGAGCAUCUGUUACCACUUCAGAUAUUAUUUUAAAUUUGGCUAGACUAUCUAUUAGCUGUUGUGGUACUGUUCUUGCACCAAGAGUUGUAGCUAUGCUGGUGAUGUUCUCAAGAGGAAUCACUUUUCCAGCUUUCACAGACAUAUUGAAACAAUGUGCACCUAAUGUUUCCAUUGCAAGGACAGGUACAUCUGUCCAACCUGCAUUCUCCAGGCCCUGUAAAAUGCCAAGAAGCAAACCACCUCCUCCAACUGGUACAAUUACAAUGCUUGGUUUUUCAUUUAACUGUUCCUGAAUUUCAGAUAUAAUUGUUGAAUGGCCUUCCCUAUUGAAUAGCGAAUAAUUUAUUUUUAUUCUUUUGAUUAUUUAGAUUAGUAAAUGCAUGGAGCAGGUUCCUUACCAAAUAUCAGGAUGAUCAUAAGCAUCAAUUAAAGCAUUACCAGGUUUCUUACUCUCUUGAAUUGCUUCUUCUAAAGCUUUGUUGUAAUUUGCUCCCUUCACCUAUUACAUUAGCAUUAUAUAUUACCCCAAGUAGUAGAAUACAGAAGAAUGGAUUUUGUUUUAAAGUUCACUCACAAUUACUUGUGAUCCUUGUGAUUUCAUUAGCGCAAUUGAUCUUUGGGAAGUUGUUUCAGGAACAAACACUGUGGCUGAAACAUUCAGCAGCUUUGCAGCAUGAGCUACAGCAAUUCCAGCAUUACCUCCAGAACAUCCAAUGAGUGUUUUACAUCCGUUUUCAACACACUUUGCGGAAAGAUUACCAAUGCCUCGUAUUUUGAAAGAUCCAGAUACUUGGCUGGAUUCCAUUUUCAAGUAAACAUUAUGUUCUAAAAAUGAACUGAAAUAGUCACUUUUUAUCAAGGGGGUUUGCACAUGGAGUUCACGCAUUUCUCCUAUAAAUAGAUGUAAUAGGGCAAUCGUGUGGGAGGACAACUGGGCCACUUACCACACUUGGAUGUAAUGAACUAAAUUAUCGGUUACUAAGUAAGUCUACGGUAUUAUCAGCACAUAAUCCGAACGACCAAGGUCGUAAGUACAAGAUUAUGACAGGCUCUACUCGUGUAUUAUUUUCUCAUUAUCAUUAGAUGAAUGGGUCGAGCGUAGCAUUUAUUUGGGAUAUUUUUUAUGAAGUUGUAAAAAGGAAUUAACGGUUCAAAAUAGGUUAACAUUGCACUGUGGAAAAUCGAUGUUCUCAGCAAACACGCUAAUAGUGUGUGUACUGUGACGUACUGAUGCGUCUUGUGUUAUUAAUAAUACUUGAUAAUGACAAUAAUGCACGUGGAAUAAGUGAAAUUUUAAUCAAAGUAUAUAAUACUCUCUGGUAUGUACAAAUACGCUCUGCGCUUUGUAGUUGCCUUCGCUACGCUAUUCCUCCGAUUUUUGUUCCGGGCAGCAAAAUUAUCUCAUUCCACCAAACUCGAAGAUGGAUAGUUGAUGAACAUUACUUCUUUUGGACGAAUGAAGUGAAAUAAUCAUGGGAGACAACGGUGUUGAUUUAUUUAGAGAUACUCCAGUUCGUUUAUUGGGAUAUGCCAAUGAAGUGGGAGAAGCAUUUCGUUCACUCGUUCAUGUUAACUGGGUACGUCUUACUUACGGAAUAUCCAGUGCUUAUGUUCUUGCAGACACCUAUGACAAAGCAAGCAAAGCUAGUGCGGUUCCUUACAAAACGGAAGCCAAUCGCAACACAGCAGUGAUGUCAGUUGCAGCUGAUACACUAAUUUGGCAGGCAUUUGCAUCUGUAAUUGUUCCUGGUUACACCAUAAAUAGAGUUUGUGCUUGUUCUAAUUAUGCACUUGCACGAAUGACUAAAAUGCCGUCGAUUACCCGAAAGUGGAUCACUACAGCUAUUGGUUUAUCAUGUAUACCAAUUAUAUUUAGACCUAUAGAUCAUAUGGUUGAUUAUAUAAUGGACAAUUCAAUUAGAAUAAUUUUGCCUGCACCUCAAUCAAGAGAGGACUAAGGUGUAAUAGGAAAUGUAGUCAGUGGAGAGGAAAGAAAAGUAGUACAAGCUAGUCAAGGAUGGGAAAAGUGCCCUUAGGAAUGUACUCACAAGAAGUAUUUAAAUUAAUAUUCAUUUAUGCUUUUUAUAAGAACAGUGUAUUGAUUAAGAAUAUAUUGAAGAGGAAUUUAUUCCAUGUCAACAGGUGUAAAUGAUAAUUUAUCUGUACAUGAUGUGAAAAGCUAAUGUGUAAUGAAUAUUGGGUACUUCCAUUUUAAAAGAGCAACUCGUCAGAAAAGAUUACUCAUCAUUCAUUGCAAUGAUAAAAAUGUUUUACAGUGUUGUUCAGGGAAGACUUGGAUCAACAUCAUAUUGUGUUCAUUAAUAUUUAUUCUGCUCAAUGUUGAUUAUGGAACAUGUACUUGUUGCCUUUGACUUUGUUGAAAUAAAUGCUAUUAUUUUUAUUAUUAUA